AUGCUUCUCAAGCAGCAGGAGAAGCGUGGUUCCCGUACCGAAGGCGAAAUUCACCAGAUUGUUGAGGAGAUGGAUUAUCUGGAAAAGAAGUGCAAUGUGGAUACCAUGCACCUAGACCACUUUCUGAACAAGCUGUACGUGAAGGAAAGUGCUGUGGCCUGCAAAAGCUCCUUGCUGCAGAUGCAUUAUGAGCAAGCAGCAAACAAAAUGUCCGCAAGCCUGGAAGCCUCGGCGAAGCAGGUUCUGGCUCUGCACACCAAAGAGAACCGGCUGGGCCACCACUUCGUUGCUCACCUCCAGGAGCUGUCCAGCCAAGGUGCCUCCGACAAGUUCGAGCAGAAGGUGAACGAGGUCCUCACUGGCAACAUCACACGUGGACAGCGCCUGCGCCUUCAUCGCCUCGAUCAGCACCCCGAACUGCGCCGGGUGAAGGACGCGCGUUGCGCUGAUCAGAAGGACCAUCGGGGCGUUCUGACCGACUAUAAACAAUGUUUGUGUGAUGAUGGCGAGCCGUCUGUUCUAUGCCACUUGCAGCACAAGGAUGCUAUUGAGCAGCAUUCAAAAUGGAUCCAGCGCCAAUUUGAGCCAUUCCACGAGGUCAUGCAGCGACGCGCGGACCAGCCAGCUGUGGCCCCUGUGGGUUCGGACAACAGUUCUGUCCAGCUGGCUCAGUCGGGUGCCGGGGUAUGGACCAUUGGGCCAUGCGGGCCGACUGCCGACUGGCUGAAAAGUGCGAAACUCGACGUCUGCAUGAAUGGUCAUUGCCUCUCAUUCCCCUACCCGGCGUCGUUGUCGGAGAAGGAUCUGAAGGAUUCCGAGAAGGUUCUUGGCCGGAAGACCAACGUUUUCGGCUUCUUCAAGAAGGCCGCCGGCGGCCUGAGCAAAGACGAAGGGAAGAAGACACCAUGUCUUUCGACCACAGCGACAUUGUGCAUUGCGCUCGAGAAGUUCGCUAUUGAUGUGUUAUCCUUCAAGUUAGGGCUUGGUGUAGAGCUCAACACAGAGUGUGGGGUGCUGCUCGAGUCUAUUGACAGUGCCAUUAUGGGCACAAUGACCGGCUUCAAUGCUCAUGCGUUGAUUUUUGUGGUGCUUCUUGUGGCCUUUGCCGCCCUUGCUUUUUGGGGCACUGUCGCUGCUGCCAUCUGGUCCUACGUCUACGUGUCUUUCAUUGGCUGUGCUGGUUGGAAAUUCUUCCAGAAGCAUGCUGCAAGAAAUGCUUCUGGUACAAGCACAGCGAUCGCCCCUGUGACCAACAAAGGAUACGGAUGGUGUGUGGCCAAGGUCCUCAUGUUCCCAGUCCACUAUCUCUUUGAUGAUUUGCUCGGCCUUAACGCGACAUGCGAUGACUGCAGCUAUUGA